AUGGCAUAUCCCUUGUCCUCACCUGGUGCCUGGUGUUUCCCCUGGCAGGCUCCAGCCCCCGCCAAAGGGAAGGAGGAAAUUGUAGACCUGCACAUCUCAAUCCAGGGAGAUUCCUUGGAUGUCUCCAAGAAGAAGAAGGUGAUGCUGAGAGCCCUGGAGCCUGGGCUCUUCAUACAGACAGACAAGGCUGUCUACAAACCUGGACAGCAAGUGAAAUUCCGAAUUGUCUCUUUGGAUAAAGACUUCACUCCCAGCAAUAAGAAGCUGCCUCUUGUGUUCCUGAAGGAUCCCAGCGGGAACCGAAUUGCUCAGUGGCAGGAGGUGAGCCCACGGCAGGGCAUCGUGGACCUGUCCCUCCCGCUGGCUGCGGAACCAGCCCUGGGCACGUACACCAUCCAGGUGGAGAGGAAGACCCACUCCUUCAGCGUGGAGGAAUAUGUGCUGCCCAAGUUUGAGAUGACCAUUGAUCUCCCCGCUGUGGUGCUGCAGAAGGACAAGAAGUUCCAGAUGGAGAUUUGUGGACGGUACACCUACGGAAAGCCUGUCCAGGGGAAGGUCCAGGCCAGCUUGUGCCAGCCCCUCAGGAACAUCGGGAUCCUGUACAGACUUCACAGUAACCCCCAGAAUGAGAUGAACUGCAUCGAGGUUAGCGGGCAGACUGAGAAGAACGGCUGCUUUUCAACAGAGAUUUUGUUGACUGCCUUCAACCUGACCAGCUCCACGUAUCAGAAGCAAUUUCAAGUCCAGGCAUCGCUGGUGGAGGAUGGGACAGGGCUGGAGCUGAAAAACACCAAGACCUGCAAGAUUUUACCCGAAAUCUUCACUGUCACCUUCGAAAACACCGAUGGUUUCUACAAGCCUGGCAUCCCCUACACUGGGACGAUGCUGCUGACGGGAGCCGAUGGCGUCGUGCUGCCGCAGAAGCAGCUCUUGCUCGUCGUUAGCCAGCGAGGAAAAGAUACGAGACAGACCUUCCUGACAGAUAGGUCGGGGAGAGCCUCCUUCGAGUUGGAGACCUCUGGUUGGAGCGGUAGGGUCUCCCUCCAUGGUCGAGUCAAUGAGACAGGUCACGCCCAGAACGACGACUUGACACUCAUCUUCCAAAAUGCCUACAUGUACCUCAGACCCUUCUUUUCGGCAAGCAGGAGCUUCCUGCGGAUCCGCCGGCUGGGGAGUGAGCUGCCCUGUGGUCAGCCCCAGCAGCUCUGGGUGGACUACAUCUUCAGCAAGGAGGCCUUGGGGACUGAGCUGGAGAGCCUGGAUGUGGUCUUCCUGGUCCUGGCCAAGGGGACCAUUGCCACUGUCCUCAGGAAACAGCUGCCUGGGGAGGCUGGGCUGAGAGGCUCCUUCUCCCUGGAGCUGCCCAUUGGCCCCGAGCUGGCACCCAUGGCCAAAGUGCUGGGCUACGCGGUGCUGCCCGACGGCGAGAUGGUGGCUGACAGCACCGAGCUCAUGGUGGCCAAGUGCUUCCCCAACAAGGUGAAGAUGGCUUUUUCAGAGGACAGGGCUCUGCCUGGCUCGAUGCUGCGGCUGGAGCUGGAGGCUGCCCCGGGGUCCCUGUGUGCCGUCCGUGCCGUGGACCGCAGCGUGCUGCUUUUGAAGCCUGAGGCUGAGCUCAACAUGGAGGCGGUCUACAAAGUACUCCCCGAAUUCAACUACCCUGGAAGCAUUCAGGACCCAUCACCCUGUUCAGAAUUUUCCUGGGACUAUCCCCUCGACUUUGACACUCCCUUCAUCCCACCUGCACUGACAGAGCGAGACUUCUUUCGCCCUCCCAGGAGGCAUCUCUUACCUUUCCCUUUUUGGAGGAAUUCCCAGAUGGACACCUACAAGUUAUUUCAGAAUGCAGCACUGAAACUUUUCACCAAUGCCAAGAUCAAUGACGUUUGCAAAGAGAGGCGAGGUGCCUUAGAUUUCCCUGCCACCUAUUUGCGGAAAGAACCUCGUGUCUUUGAAGUAAUGGACUAUGAUAGACCAAUCGCCGCUGUCCAGGAAGAGCCACCGGCACCCCGGACGUAUUUCCCAGAGACGUGGCUGUGGGACCUGGUCCCUGUGGGGGAGGGGGGCUCUGCAGGGGUGACAGUGACAGUGCCCGAUACCAUCACCGAGUGGGAAGCCGGGAUGUUCUGCACGGCCCCGCAGGGCUUGGGGCUGGCCCCUGCCAUCACCCUCACAGCCUUCAAGCCCUUCUUUGUGGAGCUGGCGCUGCCCUAUGCCAUCGUCCGCCAUGAAGCCUUCACCCUCGUGGCCACCGCCUUCACCUGCGUGGCCACCGUCUUCAACUACCUGCGGCAGUGCCUGCGGGUUCAGGUGACACUGGCAGAAUCAGCGGAGCUGGAGGUGUCGGCGAGCGCAGACGAGGUGUACGGUGGUUGUAUCUGUGCAGACGAAGCGAGGACCUUCCGGUGGGGCGUGCGAGCCACCAGCCUGGGAGAGGUGAACAUCACUGUCAGCACCGAGGCCCUCAGCUCCAAGGAGCUCUGUGGCAAUGAGAUGCCCAUGGUGCCAGCCCAGGGGCGUGUGGACACCAUGAUAAAGCCCUUGCUGGUGCAGCCCGGGGGGAUCCUGGUGGAGAAGGCGCACAACUCUCUGCUCUGCCAGGAAGGUAGGACUGGCCAGGGGUUUGCUGAAGAAAUCUCGCUGGAGGUUCCUGCAAACAUCUUGGAGGGCUCCCAGCGAGCCCACGUCACCGUGAUGGGUGACAUCAUGGGCAACGCUCUGCAGAACCUGGACCGCCUCCUGGCCAUGCCCUAUGGCUGUGGGGAGCAGAACAUGGUUCGCUUUGCCCCCAACAUCUACAUCCAGCAGUACCUGGAGAAGAGUGGGCAGCUGAACCCCGACAUCCGUGCCAAGGCGCAGACCUUCCUGCAGAGUGGGUACCAGCGAGAGCUGCUCUACAAACAUGAUGAUGGCUCUUACAGCGCCUUCGGGAAGAGUGAUCCCAGCGGCAAUACCUGGCUGACGGCGUUCGUCCUCAAGUCCUUCGGGCAAGCCAGAGCCUACGUGGCCAUCGAGGAGCGGCACAUCACAGAUGCGCUGCGCUGGCUGCAGACGAAGCAGCAGGAGACAGGUUGCUUCCGCAGCGUGGGAAAGCUCUUCAACAAUGCCCUGCAGGGUGGUGUCUCAGAUGAGCUCUCGCUGUCAGCUUAUGUCACGGCUGCGAUGCUGGAGUUGGGAUUGUCCCCAAAGGUAAAGAUGACCCAAUCUUCCCUGGAGGGCUUGAACCCGAAAGUGAGCUCAGCCCUGCAAUGCCUGGAGGCUUCGGCCACGGACAACCCCUACACACAGGCCUACGUCUUCGGGUUGGCGGGGCGCAGGGAGCAGCAGCAAGCCCAGCUGCAGAGCCUGGCCCAGCACAGCGUCAGCGCAGAGGGGCAGCUCUACUGGCAGAGGAAGGGGAAGGCUCUGCCCCCCUCGCAGCCCUCCUGGGCUGCCGCCGCGCCGGCAGAGGUGGAGAUGACCUCCUACGUCCUCCUGGCUUACCUCUCCCAGCCCCAAGUGUCCUCUGCCGACCUGGGGACUGCUGCCCAAAUCGUCCGCUGGCUCAGCAAACAGCAAAACCCUUACGGGGGCUUCGCCUCCACGCAGGACACCGUGGUGGCCCUGCAAGCCCUGGCCAAGUACGCUGCCCUGACAUAAGGCAACAAUGGGGACUUCGUGGUGACGGUGACGUCUCCGACAGGCACCGUGCAGGACUUUGUGCUGCACAACAGCAACCGGCUGGUGCUGCAGCGGGCGGCUCUGCACGAGCUGCCGGGGACGUACGGGGUACGAGCCCGCGGACAGGGCUGUGCCCUGGUGCAGGUGACCCUACGCUAUAACGUGCCACCUCCUCCGAGCACGGGGACUUUUGAUCUCCACGUGGAGACGGAGCCCAGGGAGUGCACGGAGGAUGCCAGCACCCGCUUCCGCCUCCUCCUCCGGCCACGGUACACUGGGGAGCGUCCCAUCACCAACAUGGUUGUUAUCGAGGCCAAGCUGCCAUCCGGCUACAUCCCAGACAAGAGCUCUGUGGUGGAGCUGAAGAGGCAGAAGCUGGUGAAGAAGGUGGAGGUGCAGCCCGACCAGGUGACGAUUUACCUCGACCAGCUGACAAAGGAGGAGGAGACCUUCGCAUUCACUGCCACACAGGACUUCGUAGUGAAGAACCUCCAACCGGCCACUGUGACGCUGUACGACUACUAUGAGACGGGUGAGCGCACGGAUGCUGCCUACAGCGCACCUUGCAGCUCAGCGAGGGCUGGUGUGGAUGUUCGUGCCACCGCUGAAGGGCAAGAGUCUCCCAGCAGAACCAGCAAUGGUGAGAGACCUGGAGAUGCAGCCACGCAGCGAGCACAGGAAGGGGGCUGA